AAAAAAGUAGACUCAAGGGUCCACUUUUUUCCACCAGUGGAGGACAAAGAAGCCCCAUUUUAGGCCAUUAUCAUGUUAUUGACCAAAAAGGUUCAUACUAAUGUUCGUGCAGCAUGUUCAGCUUAAUGUUCUUGCACUUCUUUAUAUAUGGAUGCAACAUAUUUACGUGGCGAAAGACUCGUAUAAAUUAUAGCUUCAUCUUUGAGCUAGCCCAAACUAAGGAACUCAAGUAUAGAGAUGUGUACCUGAUAUGUACUGCAUCGAUGUCUGCUGUUGUCGGGGUCCUUUUUCUUCAUCUUACAUUCGUGGCGAAAGGGUAUUCUUAUAAUCAUAUUCAAGCAAUUCCUGGCCUCCUAUUAUUGGUCUUCAUUAUGCUGCUGGUGUGCCCAUUAAACAUCAUAUACAAAUCAAGCCGUUAUCGAUUCAUUUGUGUGAUAAGGAACAUCAUAUUUUCACCUAUGUAUAAGGUCGUCAUGUUAGACUUCUUCAUGGCUGAUCAACUUUGUAGCCAGGUUCCAAUGCUCAGAAACCUUGAAUAUGUUGCAUGCUACUAUAUAACUGGAAGCUACAAAAAUCAUGAUUAUGGAUACUGUAUGAGGACAAAAUAUUAUAGGGACCUUGCUUAUGCAAUUUCUUUCUUGCCAUAUUACUGGAGAGCUAUGCAGUGUGCACGAAGAUGGUUCGACGAAGGACACAAAAGCCACCUAGUCAACCUAGGAAAGUAUGUGUCUGCAAUGUUGGCUGCUGGUGCCAAAGUUGCAUAUGAAAAAGAAAAGAAUUUGGGAUGGCUUUGCUUAGUUAUAGUCAUAUCAAGUGCCACAACUUUGUAUCAAUUGUACUGGGAUUUUGUUAAAGAUUGGGGCUUACUCCAAUGUCAUUCCAAGAAUCCAUGGCUAAGGAAUGAAUUGAUGCUUCGUCGAAAAUUUAUUUACUACUUCUCCAUGGUAUUAACUAUUAAUCAUCCCUCAAUGGAAAAAAAAAACAUAAUCAAAGAAAAACAUAAACUAUGUUGCUCGGACUUUCCUAAAAUGUUGUUGCACCCAUGUCUGAUCCUCCAAAAAUACACUACAUUUGGUGAAAGCCAGAUACUAAAGUUGCAAACUUCAUUUAACAUGGAUACAGUUCACCUAUCAGUAUUUCAGCCAUAUACAUAG